AGCUAAAAUAUUACACACAGAUAUAGCCAGGGCAGCCGUAACAUCUGCUGUUCACCGCCCUAUACCCCAGUUUUGUGAUAAAUUCGUGUGUUUCAGUUUUCUUUUUUUAUAUAAAAAAAUAGAAAUAAAAAAAUCUAUAAAGGUGUUUAUGCGCAGUGAUUAAGUUUAUACAGUUUUUUUUUUACCACAUACUAUAUGUGUGCAUUUAAGAAAGUAAUAUAAAACAAUACAAACAAAAAAUAAAGAUAUUGAUUGAAAAUAUCGGGAUACAGCAACCUGUGAAAAACAAGCACAAAGGGAUUUUACAAGGACAUUUACAUUAGUCUUCUUUUUUUCUGUUUUAAUAUUUUGAAGGAACGCUUAUGGAAAUGACUUGGAUCAGACUGAACAUUUUGCUUUCCAUAGGUAUAUUUUCUUCACCGGCAUUUACCUCCACAGAUAAUGGAGGAUUCAAAAGGUACACCACCUACGUAGUGCAGCCGGGACAGGCUGGUACGGGCAGCCGGCACAUCAGCACCAUUUCCCGGACAGGGUCCGCUGGGCAGCCGCACUCUUAUAACAUGGAACUUACAGCCAGUUACAGCAGCCAGGUCCGGACCCGCAGGAUGGGAAAACAGACGAGCCCCAGUGUGCAGCUCCACCAGGAGACUAAAUUCAGCCCCAGCGUGCAGUUCCAUCAGCAGCACCACCAGAUUCGCCACUCCAGCCACAGCAGUAACAUCCCCACUGUGCAGCUCCAGAAACACCAAUUUAAAACUUCAGGUGUGAAUGUCUGUGGAGGGCAGUGCUGUCAAGGCUGGAGUAAAGCCCCCGGCUCGCAGAGAUGCACCAAACCCAACUGUAAGCCACCAUGCCUGAAUGGGGGGAUGUGCCUGCGGCCCCAGCUCUGCGUGUGCAAACCAGAGACGAAAGGAAAAGCGUGCGAGCAGAAGACUGUACCUCCACACUCCCCUCCUCAUCACCCGGGGGACCGACAGGACACUGUGCCCCCCCAGAGACCCAUCCCACAGCAAACCUCCCAGCACAGCGUGAUCUCCCAGAGACCCAUCCCACAGCAACCCUCCCAGCACAGCAUGAUCCCCCAGAGACCCAUCCCACAGCAAACCUCCCAGCACAGCGUGAUCUCCCAGAGACCCAUCCCACAGCAACCCUCCCAGCACAGCGUGAUCCCCCAGAGACCCAUCCCCCAGCAAACCUCCCAGCACAGCAUGAUCCCCCAGAGACCCAUCCCACAGCAAACCUCCCAGCACAGCGUGAUCCCCCAGAGACCCAUCCCCCAGCAAACCUCCCAGCACAGCGUGUUCCAGGGCAGGCAGGUCGCUCAGCAAACCAACAACGGUGCCCAGAUGACUCUGACAGUGAAGCAGCAGCCUGCUGCCGUCAUCCCCCAGCAAGUCCAGCAGCAACUGAGACCCUCCCAGCCUCUGACGAUGACUGUGCACCAUGGCCAGACUCAACAGUUUGUACUCAAACCCAAGUACUACCAGACCCAGAAGGUGUACACUGGACAGCAGGCCUCAGAGGGCUCCCUCCCGCUCAGCGUGGCUCCCAUCCAAGGACUCACAGUGGGGAACAACACCGGACGCAUCAAGGUGGUCUUCACGCCCACCAUCUGCAAAGUGACCUGCGUCCAGGGCAAGUGUCAGAACAGCUGUGAGAAGGGCAACACUACCACCAUCAUCAGUGAGAAUGGCCACUCCACCGACACCCUCACAGCACCCAACUUCCGAGUAGUUGUUUGCCACCUUCCCUGCAUGAAUGGAGGCCAAUGCAGUGCCAGAGACAAGUGCCAGUGCCCUCCAAAUUUUUCUGGCAAGUUCUGCCACAUCCCAGUGCAGAACGGGCACCAAAACCAGCAGUCCCAGCACUCCCAGCAGCAGCAGCAUGGGACAGCAAGCCGGAACCAAGGAUCUCAGGUCCACUCUACACACACACUGCCGCUGUCCUUCGGAGGCCAGAACGGGAUCCAAGUGAAGUUCCCUCCCAACAUGGUGAACAUUCACGUCAAGCACCCACCAGAGGCCUCCGUCCAGAUCCACCAGGUCUCGCGAAUGGACGGCCCCAAUGGUCAGAAAGUGAAAGCAUCACAGUCCGGCCACACCACAUACCCCGGGGGUAUGGCCCAGAAAGGACAGAGUCAUCCUACUGUGUCCCACACCCAGCAAAACAUUGUUCACCAGUACUCCAUCGCCUCCAAAAUCCAGCUGGGACGCUGCUUCCAGGAGACCACGGGGGCGCAGUGUGGCAAAGCUCUUCCUGGCCUGUCGAAACAAGAUGAUUGCUGUGGAACUGUGGGCACAUCCUGGGGUUUCCACAAGUGCCAGAAGUGUCCCAAGAAACCAUCUAUCCCAUUGACUGGAUCUAGACAAACAAUGGACUGCCCUCAGGGAUACAAGAGGAUUAACAUAACUUAUUGCCAAGAUAUCAAUGAGUGCCAGCUACAAGGGGUGUGUCCGAAUGGGAAUUGCUUGAACACAAUUGGCAGCUACAGGUGUACCUGUAAAGCAGGAUACGUGCCGGAUCCUACACUCUCCACCUGCGUUCCCGAUAAUCCUAUGAUCCCCGAAGAGAAAGGCUUCUGUUUCCGAUUUCUCAGUGCUGGAAAGCAGUGCAUGCACCCAGUCUCUGCCCAGCUCAGCAAGCAGCUCUGCUGUUGCAGUGUUGGCAAGGCCUGGGGCCCACACUGUGAGAAAUGUCCCAUUCUUGGAACAGCUGCCUUCAAGGAAAUCUGCCCAGGUGGAAUGGGUUACACAGUUACUGGCCCCUACAAAAAGGUCAUCCCUGGCAUUAAAAAUCAACCUGACAGCAGCAGCAAGACCAGGAUCAGCCUCUCCGAGCCUGUGGCUCCCCCCGUACCCAUCCCCGCAGUUCAGGAGCCAGUGGAGGCCCUGGCCUCCUCCGAGAGACACCACCCCGAGGCCACUGCAGUGGGGGAAGUAGCAACAGCAGCACCUGAACAGGAGCUAAUCACUCUCGAUUAUAAAUCAAUAGUAGAGCCUGGCCAGCCCCAGCUUUCUCCCGGCAUUUCUACAAUCAAUCUGGACCCGCACUUCCCAGAAGUGAUAGAGAAGUCCUCCCCUCCAGCCCUGGUUGAGUUGGCCCCUGAAGACUCCACAUCAAGUGCAAGCCAAGUGAUCGCUCCCACUCAAGUGACAGAAAUCAACGAAUGCGCAGUUAACCCUGAAAUCUGUGGCCCAGGAUACUGCAUCAAUCUGCCUAUGGGUUACACAUGUGUAUGUAAUGCUGGCUUCCAACUCAACAACGAGCUAACAACUUGUGUAGACAUUAUUGAAUGUGAGCUGAGCCCUCGCCUUUGUUCCAAUGGCCGCUGUGAGAACACUGAGGGAAGUUUCCUUUGUGUGUGCCGAGCAGGAUUCGUGGUGGAUGAAGAAGGAACAAACUGCAUCGAUGUGGAUGAGUGUUUGAGACCCAGCGUAUGUGGAGAUGGGCUCUGUGUCAAUACAGAGGGCUCCUACAGGUGUGAGUACUGUGACAGUGGAUUCAAGAUGAACAAGAGAGGAGGCUGUGAAGAUAUCGACGAAUGCCAGGAUCAAAACUUUUGCUCGUCUGGGAAGUGCGUCAAUUCCCCUGGGUCUUACGAAUGUGUCCCUUGCUUUGAUGGAUACGAAGGCAGAAAUGGGCAGUGUGUCGACAUCAAUGAAUGCUUGGACAGGCCAGUAUGUGCCAAUGGCAAAUGUUCCAACCUCGAAGGAUCGUAUGUUUGCAUAUGCAGUAAAGGCUAUGAGCCAACUCCAGAUGGCAAAGUAUGCAAAGAUAUUGACGAGUGUCUGGAUAAGUUGCUGUGUGUCAGCGGGCAGUGUCUGAACACGCAGGGCUCCUUCCUUUGCACAUGCAGUAAAGGCUUCAGGAUUUCAGCUAACGGAGACCAGUGCGAAGAUGUUGAUGAAUGCCAGGAGUGGAGGGACGCCUGCAGAGGGGGGGGCCGCUGCAUUAACACGGCAGGUUCAUACCAGUGCACUUGUCCAGAUGGCUUCCAGCUGAUCGACGGCACAAGGUGUCAAGACAUCAACGAGUGCCUGGAUGACACAGAGCUGUGUGCCCCUCAAGGGGAGUGUCUUAACACAGAGGGGUCCUUCCACUGCAUCUGUGAGCAGGGCUUCUCUGUGUCCGCCGAUGGGCACAGCUGUGAAGAUCUGGAUGAAUGUACAGAUGAUACCAAAUGUCACGAUGGCACGUGCGUCAACACCUAUGGCUCCUAUAGAUGUGAUUGCGCUCGAGGCUAUCGCCUAAAGCCGGCUAAUGAAACUUGCAUUGACAUUGAUGAGUGUAAGGAAUACAGCCAUAUCUGCAGGACGUGGCACUGUGAAAACACGCAGGGCUCGUACCAAUGCAUCGUGGACUGCCCUCCCGGUCACAGACAAGAGCCCAAUGGGAUCUGUGUUGAUGUUGACGAGUGUUCUGUAAACAGCACUGUGUGCGGUGGCCAUGGAUUCUGUGAAAACACAGCUGGCUCGUUCCGCUGCCUGUGUGACCAGGGCUUUCAGGACUCGCAGGACGGCCGUGGCUGCAUUGACGUGAAUGAAUGUGAGAUGUUGACUGGAGUGUGCGGAGAUGCCCUCUGUGACAAUGUGGAAGGCUCCUUCCUCUGCAUGUGCGCCAAUGAGACCGAUGAGUACGAUCCUAUGACAGGACAGUGCCACUCCUUCGCCCCUCCAGCUGAACUGGUAGAAAGAAAAGAAUGCUACUACAAUCUAAAUGAUGCCAACUUCUGUGAUAAUGUUCUGACCUCCAACGUCACCAAGGAAGAGUGCUGCUGCACACUCGGGGCUGGCUGGGGGGACAACUGUGAAAUGUUCCCUUGUCCUGUCUUAGGAACCGCUGCGUUUUCUGCAAUGUGCCCGGCAGGGAAAGGAUUAAUUCCCAAUGGAGACUCCGCUUACAGUGUCACUGCAGAGAACUACAAAGAUGCAGAUGAGUGUGUUUUGUUUGGACAGGAAAUCUGUAAGAAUGGGUUCUGCUUAAACACACAGCCUGGCUUUGAGUGCUACUGCAAGCAGGGCCUGUACUAUGACCUGGUGAAACUGCAGUGCCUGGAUAUUGAUGAGUGUCAGGAUGACUCAAGCUGUAUCAACGGUCAGUGUAUCAACACGGAGGGGUCAUACAACUGCUUCUGCACACGCCCGAUGAUCCUUGACACUACAGGAAAGCGCUGUGUUGGGCCCACAGAGGUCACAGAGCACGGUGAGGAAAGUGAGGUGUUCCAGGAUAUCUGCUGGCAGGAAGUGAGCCACAACCUCAUGUGCAGCCGUCCACUGGUUGGACAACAGACCACUUACACAGAGUGCUGCUGUCUUCAUGGAGAUGGCUGGGGUAUGGACUGUGCCCUCUGCCCUUCAAAAAACUCUGAGGAUUACGCCACCCUGUGCAAUGUGCCCCUGUCUGGGAGCAGACAGAGAUACGGGGAGGAUGCCCUGAUGCCCUUUGACGCAGACUAUACUGUGCCAGGCGUGGAAUACGAUUCCCAGCCCUCCAGCCCAGGAUUUUUACCUCUAUUUCAUGAUGAAGAGCAUCAGUAUGAUGCAUUCGAGGGGCUGCGGGCUGAAGAAUGUGGCAUCCUGAACGGUUGUGAGAACGGCCGCUGUGUGCGCGUGCAGGAGGGCUACACCUGUGACUGCUUCGAUGGGUACCACUUGAACAUGGCCAAGAUGGCCUGCGUUGACGUGAAUGAAUGCACCGAGCUCAACAAUAAAAUGUCCCUUUGCAAGAACGCUAAGUGCAUCAACACCGAAGGAUCUUAUAAGUGUGUGUGUCUGCCAGGCUUUGUGCGCUCAGAGCAGCCAAACUACUGCAUACGUUCAGAGGAAGCAGAGAAAGAGUGAGCUGGAGUAAGAGGGAGGAGAAGAGAGAAACACAACCAGUUAUUUAGUCUAAGCCCAUAUACUCUGCACUGUAUAAAUGAAACAAAAACAUAUUCUACUUGAGAUGAAGGUAAAACGUAGCCUGCUAUGUGAUGUGGUGUCUGAAUGGGAAACAGCAUUGUAUAAAUAUGAUUUUUUUAGAAGGGGAUUGGCUGAUCGGGACAGGACUCUAAGCUCCACUGAACUGACAGACAGAGUGGACAUGUUGUGUUCUGAGUGAAUCACAGCAGAGCGUUUCCAUGCCGAUAUGUUUAAAACUUAAGUGAAAAAGGCCAACCGACCAAUCGAACUAACCAUGCUUUGUCCUGUCAAAACAGUAUACAUUUCCCUCUAUUUUUUAUUGCAUAGGAACAUUGGCUCACACAAUGGUGAAAAUAUUUUGUAUUACUAUUGUUAAGUCGCAUUUGAUAAAUCUGCAGUAUGUAUUAUACUGUGAAAGAAUGUUAUUAAUGUAAAUUCUUUGAAAGGACAUUUUUAGGCUUUUUUUAUUGAUGAAUAUUAUACACAGCUGUACUUUUCUGUGGACAAUGGCAGGCUUUGAUUUUAUUAUGUCUUGUCUGCCCUGUGGAGCAGGCACCUUUUUGUUACCUUAGCUUCUUUUUCUUUUUUUAGCGUCCUUUAAAAGGUGAAGUUCUCCAUUUUGUACUCUUUAAAUAUUUUCUGCACUUAACUGCAAUAUAACAAGUCUUGCCAGGUUGCAAAGCUGCUAAAAGGAACAGCCGUUGGAGUAAGUUUUGUACAUUUAAACUAAAGAGAUGAAAACCAGUUUAUGUAUUGUAAUCUGUAAAUGGAAAAAAAAUAGCUCUUGUAUGAAUCCUUACAUAUUAUGCUGUAUAUUAAACCUCUAUAAAUAAAUCACUUUUUGUAAUUUUA